GAGAUGGUCCCCGGCGCCGCGGGCUGGUGUUGUCUCGUGCUCUGGCUCCCCGCAUACGUCGCGGCCCACGGCUUACGCAUCCAUGAUUAUUUGUACUUCCAAGUGCUGAGUCCUGGAGACAUUCGAUACAUCUUCACGGCCACACCUGCCAAGGACUUUGGUGGUAUCUUUCACACAAGGUAUGAGCAGAUUCAUCUUGUCCCUGCGGAACCUUCAGAGGCCUGUGGAGAACUCAGCAACGGUUUCUUCAUCCAGGACCAGAUCGCUCUGGUGGAGAGAGGGGGCUGCUCCUUCCUCUCCAAGACACGGGUGGUGCAGGAGCACGGCGGGCGGGCAGUGAUCAUCUCUGACAACGCGGUUGAUAAUGACAGCUUCUACGUGGAGAUGAUCCAGGACAGUACCCAGCGCACAGCUGACAUCCCUGCCCUCUUCCUGCUCGGCCGAGAUGGCUACAUGAUCCGCCGUUCCCUGGAACAGCAUGGGCUGCCAUGGGCCAUCAUUUCCAUCCCAGUCAAUGUCACCAGCAUCCCCACCUUUGAGCUGCUGCAACCGCCCUGGACCUUCUGGUAG